AUGUUUUAUUUUAAAAAUAUAAGAAGGCAUUGUUUUUAUACAAAAAUAUACGAGAAUAUAAAAAUAGUAAGAGAUUUAAAAGUUAGAAGUAAAAGAGAUGGACUUAUAGAAAAUGCAAAUAAAAAUCAGCAUAACAAUAUUCGAGAUAAAAAAAUAAUUGAUAAUGCAAUUUCACGUGAAGAUAUCGAAUUUUAUAAAAAUGUUUAUAGCAAGUUAAAAGGAAAAAAAGGGGAACAUGUUCAGGAAAAAACAGAUAGACAAGAACCAGUUACUAAUAAUGAUAAAGAAAAUGCAGUAAACCGUUUUAAGGAGGUUGAAAAGAAUGACCGAACUAGUAGUAAAAAUAAAUAUCUGAUUAGUAAGCGGGAUACUAUAAAUAGUCAGGAUAUUCCAUCAAAUGGAAAAUAUUUAAAAAGAAAGGAAAUAUAUUUAAAAUCUAAGGAUGGCAGUUCAUGCCAAAAGAAACUUAACAAGGAGGUAACAAAUUUAAAAAAUGGACAUGAACAUAGUUGCAAAAAAAGAGUAGAGACAUUAGAAAAUAGAAACGAGCUCAUGAAUAGUAACAGUAAUAGUAACAGUAAUGAUAUGCAAAUAUGUAGUGAAGGACAAGAUGAAAAAAAAGUGAUUCAAGAAAAUUGUAAAAGUAAUGAAUGUAAUUUUGAAGGGUCUAGUUUAAAUAAAGAAAAAAAUAAAAAUAGUUAUGUAUUUGUUAAAUAUGAAAAAUAUUGGGAUAUGGAUAAGAUAAAUAAAGUUAUUGAAUUAGAAAAUGAUAGUAAUGAUAAAAAUAAAGUUUUCAAAGGAGUGCUAUUUGUGUCUCCAUUUGAUACAAGCAAAUCAUUUGUUGUUGAAGAAAAAGUAGGAUUAGAAAAUUUGAAAAAAAAAUAUUAUAAUGUUUAUGGAUAUAUUAGUAGAAAUCGGGCCCUAAAUAAUGACAUAGUAUAUGCAUAUACUGGUCGAAGAAAAAUAAUAAAAAACUCAAAAACGGAAAAAAAUGAAAAUGAAAAUGUACCGGACAAAAUGAAAGAGGAGGAAAAUUCUUGUCGAGUUGUCAACGUUUUAGAGCGAAAGAAUUAUGAAAUUGUUUGCAAUUUGAAUUAUUUAAAUGUUAAGGAAUAUAUAAAUAAUUUUUUUGAAGGAGAAAAGGGAUUAAAUAUGUUGAAUAACCAAGAAAAAGGUGAAAAGAAUGGGAAAGUAUUUGCAAAAUUUCAACCCAUAGAUGCAAGACUUCCAUGUUUUAUAUAUGACUCAUCAGAUGAAAUAACAAAUAGAAUUUUAAAUUAUAUAAAAAAAAAAAAAAAAAAUUUAUAUGUUUUAAUAAAUUAUCGAAAAUGGGAAGAAAAUGAAAUAAACCCAACAGGAGAUAUAAUUUCAAUUUUAGGGAAUGAGCAAAACUUUUUUUCAAUUAUAUAUUUUUUUUUACAUUUUUAUAAAGUAAAUUUUCAUAUAUAUAAAGAAGAUGAUAUGAAUUAUUUAAAAUCUGAAAUAGUAGUCGGAAAUAAACUUAUCAAUAGUUUUAUAGAAAGAAAAAAUAAAUGUGUCGGUGGAGGGACAAAAUAUGAUUGGCUUUUCAAAACAAAGGAAAAAGAUUAUUUAUCUAUUGAGUUUGAAAAAAAAAUAAAUUAUUUGAAGGAAAUACAAGAAAAAAAUAGAAAAAUAGAAAAAUAUAUGAUUAAAAGUCUUUUAACAAAUAGAGAAAUAUUAACACAUUUAGAUGUUUUUACUAUUGAUCCUCCAACUGCAAAAGAUUUAGAUGAUGCUUUAUCUAUUCAGUUUAUUCGUCCUGAUAAAUUUUCAAAUAUAAAAUAUAAAUACAAAAUAGGUGUUCAUAUUUCAGACGUUUCCUUUUUUAUUCCUCCUAAUUCUUACUACGACAGAGUGGCCUCGACCCAGUGCAACACACUCUACAUGGAUUUGAUGGUGCUCCACAUGCUGCCGUCCGUGAUCAGCGAAAAUAUUUGCUCUCUAAACACGUCGGGAAAUAAAUUGAGUUUUUCAGUUUUUUUUAAUAUCGAUGAUGUGUCAAAUCCGUAUGAACUUAUAAAAGAAAAAAAUAGUGAAAAUGUAAAAAUGAAAAAAUGUAUAAUAAGGAGUAGAUAUAAAUUAUGUUAUGACAUUGUUGAGGAUUUCAUAGAUGAAGUUUAUACAUGCAUAGACAAGUUAGAAAAAGAUUACAUGAACAAAUGGGAAGAAAACAUAUUAAUAAAUGGAGACAAAAAUUUGGAUUGUUUAUUUCCAGAGUUUGAAGAAAUAUGUAGUAAAUACAAUUUGUCAGUAAAAAUUGCUAGUGAUAUAUUUCGUUUACAUUUACUAUCAAAACAUAUUAAAAAUAAGAUGGGAAGAAAAACAAUAAGUCAUGAUGAGUCAUUAAUGUUUUUUUUAAAUAAUAAGAAAAAGAUGAAUAAAAUGGUUCCAAUUUCGAUAGACUAUGUAAAAAAUUGUUUGAAAAAUGAAAUAGUGUCUGACAAAAAGAAUAAAGAUGAGGAUAAGUUAGAAAGUAUGUUUGAAAAUAUAAUGCAAAAGAUGGAUAGUGAAAAUAUUGAAGUAAAAAUAAUAAAAAAUAGAAUAAAAAGUCAUAUGCUAAUAGAAGAAAUGAUGAUAUUGACUAACUUUUUAGUUGGUAAUAAAAUAUGUGAAUGUAAUAAUUUGGGUAUUUUACGAACCCAUGAAGAUUCAUCAGAUGAAAUAAAAAACAAUUUAUUACAAUUUAUAGAUUAUCAUACAUAUAAUAAGAUAAAUAAAAUAAUAAAUAUAAAAGAAAAUAAUUUAAAUAAUAUAUUAUUAGUUUGUGAAAAAGUUUUAGAUAAAAAUAGUUUUUUAUGUUUACAAUAUAAUGUUUUAAAAUUUUAUAAGCAAGCUAUUUAUAUUCCAAAUAUCGAGAAAAAUGAAAAUGCACAUCAUUUUGGUUUGAGUUUAAAUAAUUAUAUUCAUUUUACAUCUCCUAUUCGAAGAUAUAUAGAUAUAAUUACUCAUAGGAUUUUAAAUACAAUUUUAGAAAAAAAGCAACCAUUAUAUAACUAUGAGCAAAUUAAAAAAAUAUGUGAACUUUGUAAUAGUCAUAAAAAAAAAGCAGAUGAUAUACAAAUUCAUAUGAAAAAUUUCUUCCUUAACAAAUAUCUUGUCUGUUUAAAUGAGGAAUAUAAAUCUAAGAUGGUAAAGGGGUCUAGCUUUAAAAUGGGAGAGAAAAAAUCUGAAAAAAUAAAAAAUGAUGAUACAACUUUAUCUAAUUCGAUAGAUAAUGAUCAGAUUGUGAAUGAAGCUAAGAAUGUUGAUUUAAAAAGGGAUAGAACUAUGAAGGAACAUAAGAUUGAAUUAUAUAAAAACAAUUUUUAUAUUUAUAAAAAUGUUAUAAGUUUUAUGACACAUAGUUAUAUACAUGAUAUUAUUAUAAAAAAAAGCAUAAAAAGAAAUAUAUGUAUGAAUAUAUUAAAUUGUAAUUACAUAAAUGUUAAUGAAGAUGGAAUUAUUAAUGAGAUGAAUUGUUCUGACACUCCUUACACAUGCUUAGUUCCGAUUUUAUUAUCGUCUGAUAAAAGAAUGGAAGAAGAACAUGAUGAUGUUACAAAAAUAGAAUAUACAAAUUCAAUCUGUGAUGAAAAAAAAAUGAAAAAUGCAAUUUCUUUUUAUGUGCCAUUAUUAGAGACUGAAAAAUCAGUAAGUGAAAAUUUGUUAGAUUUAAAAUUUGAACUUAUUUCGAUUUCAUAUAAAGAAGGGACAUUUGUUUAUAAUACUUUAUUAGAUGUUUUAUAUAAAAUAUAUUUGAAAAAAAAUAAUGAAAAUGUUUCAAAAAGUUCUUUGGAAAAAGAAGAACAUGAAGAAGACCGAUUAAAAAAUGAGUCUCUAAAUCAUAUUUAUAAAAACAUUUUAAAUACAAAAAUAAAAGUACAAUAUAAAAUAUUAAAAUUAGAAAAAAAUGAAAUAAAAAAAAGUUUUCAAAAUGUUUAUGAUAAUUUAUAUGUUCAUGGUAUUUAUGCUAAACAAGUAGAUAACACAAAUAAAUUAAAAAAAAAUGAAUCUCUUACUUGUGAAAAGAUUUUCAAUGAAAUAGAUGACCAUAAAGAAGUAUCUAACAAUUUUAAUGAUGAACAAUCUAUAUCUACAAAAGAAGAUAAUUACUUAUCAAAUAAGGAAAAGGAAAAUUUCUUAGAUCAAUAUAAAGAAAUAAACCGAUUUCAAAAAAAUGAAAUAUUUUUAAUUCCAGGAGCUAAAAUGUGGAAUUUGCGUUUUCCGUAG